ACAAACAGCAGUACACAUGAAGUACUGGUGUGUAACAGGAAACGUCAUGUUGAUGAUUCCUUCCAUGUUUUGUUGAUUUUCCUCUUUAAAAAAACGUUUAAAAAGUUGAAUUCAUAAUAAAACACCCCUCUGACGUCAGGAGUUUUACUGCUAUUUGACCUGUAUGACCUCUAUGUUAACUGGAGUUAAUUGUAAGUUGACUAGAAUAAAACAUAUGAAACAUGUUUUCACCAUGUUUUAGCAUAUUUCAAUUACAUCACACUCCAGGUGUAAUUUAAUAGCAGCCCUAUUAAUUAGCAUUUGUUAGAUGAGAUAUAUGCAUUUGAGUUUAGCUGUUUGGUCAUGCUGGCUCGCCGUAGUCUAGUUUCCAUGGUGACCAAACCAAACAAAAACGUUCACCGCUCAUUUCUUUCGCUGUUUAUUUGUAGUUAAUAUCCCGUAUAAUUAUUUCCAGUCAUGUCUGCCCAGCCAGAGGAGGAGUUGGAUCAGUUCUUCACCGUGUUUGACGGCUCCUCUCCGGAGGACGUGUCCCACGCCCGGCAGCUGUGGAGCUCCUUGUCCCUGCUGCCGCCGCAGGAGUCCCGGCUGGUGUCGGCGGAUAUCCACCAGCGGCUCCCGGUGUCCCGACCGCAGCCGAGCAGCAACGGCCCCAAUACCUCCGCCCCGCAGCCGCCGAGCGCCCCCGCUGCCCGGCAGAGACAAGAGGAGAGGAGGCGGUAUCUGUCCAUGGCCGACCAGAGGAGGGAGAUCCUGGCUCUGCUGAAGAGGCAGAGGGAGCAGCGGAUCCAGAAGGAGCUGCUGUCGGUGGCCUUUAAACCGAAGAUGAAGAUCAGCAGAGAACUGAAAACACAAAAAACAUCAGACUUUGAGACGGACAGAGAGCUGGUCAGACAGCUGCACUAGACUAAUAAACCUUUCACAGGUUUAUGGUACAUAUGUAGAACCAAAUUCAUGUUGAGCAUGUCAUGGAGACUGGUUCAGUUUAUUCAUAAUAUUAUAAUAUAUUUAUAAAAUACAACACAUCAGACUUUGUCAAGCAGAACAAUAAAGUCCAUCAGUUAUUUCCA